AUGGAUGGAGCUUUGUUGAGCAGUGGGAAGGUGAAGGAGAAAUGGGAUUGUGUACAGGAACAAACUUUAUGUGAUGAUCAUCAGUUCCCAUGGCCUGCAAAAAACUAUGCUUGUAAUUUUUGCAGGAGAGAAUUCAAGUCUGCUCAGGCCCUUGGUGGCCACAUGAAUGUCCAUAGGAGGGACAGGGCAAGAUUGAGACUUUUGCCCUCUUGGGUGCCUGAAAAUUCUUGCCCUAACCCUAAUUUCUAUUCUCCACACCCCACUUUCUUCAGCUCAACUUCUUCCUCAGGCCCCCAAACUCACCAAGAUCACCGCUUGUGUUUCACCAACCAAAAACAUCAUGAUGACGAUCAAGAAGUUCAAGUUGUGAAGAAGAAGAUCAAGAAAAGUUUGGUCAAUUUAGAACUCAAGAUGGGCAUUCAUCAUUUGGAAGGUUCAAAUGAGGAUGGCCUCGAUUUGGAGCUUCGUCUUUAG